AGACCCCUUCGAUCGGAAAUUUUUCCGGUAAAAAAUUGAAAUGAAAAUACGAUUUAUCCUGCUAGAAAGUGCAAUUGUGAUUGGAUUUUUGUGCUGCUUCCUAGUGCAAGAUGCAUCCGGACUACGAAAGUACACCAAGGAGGACAUGAUUCGACUGCGGGAGGAAGUCCGAGCGAUGUUCCAGCACGCGUACGAUGGUUAUCUGCAUUACGCCAGCAAGUACGACGAGCUGCGGCCGCUGUCCUGUGACGGCGUGGACACUUGGGGUAGCUAUUCGCUGACGCUGGUCGACGCGCUGGAUACCCUGGCCGUAAUGGGUAAUUAUUCGGAAUUUCGACGGGUCGUUAAACUGCUCGAGGGUAAGUCGUUCGACAGCGACAUCAACGUGUCGGUGUUCGAGACCAAUAUUCGCAUCGUGGGAGGGCUGAUCAGUGCACACUUGAUGAGUCAUAAGGCGGGUGUUGAGUUGGAGCCGGGAUGGCCAUGCAGUGGGCCUCUGCUGAGGUUGGCCGAGGAUGUGGCCAAGCGGUUGCUACCGGCGUUUGAUACGAGAACUGGGAUGCCUUACGGUACGGUUAAUCUCAAGUAUGGUGUUCCGUACGGGGAAACCAGCGUUACUUGUACGGCCGGAAUAGGAACGUUCAUUGUAGAGUUUGGAGCGUUGAGUCGUUUAACCGGCGAUCCAAUUUACGAAGAGGUGGCUUUGAAUGCAUUGUAUGCUCUGUAUAAUUAUCGUUCUUCCAUAGGGUUGUUUGGUAACCAUAUUGACGUGCAAACGGGUAGAUGGACGGCACAAGACGCAGGGAUUGGCGCUGGGGUAGAUUCGUACUAUGAAUACUUAGUUAAGGGUGCGAUCAUGCUUAAUAAACCAGAUCUAAUGCAUAUGUUCAAUGAAGGUCGAAAGGCUAUCGAUAAGUAUUUGAAGCGAGAUGAUUGGCACGUUUGGGUUAGUAUGAAUAAAGGGCAAGUUACCCUGCCAGUGUUUCAAUCACUGGAAGCUUACUGGCCUGGUGUUCUAAGCCUUUUUGGCGAUACAAGCGUGGCCAUGAAAACGUUACACAAUUACCACACAGUGUGGAAGCAGUACGGGUUCCUGCCAGAAUUUUACAACAUUCCAAAUGCAGAGGCUGGAACUAAUCGGGAAAACUAUCCGCUUCGACCAGAACUGAUUGAAUCGGUCAUGUAUCUGUACCGAGCAACUGGUGAUCCUUAUUUGCUUGAAGUGGGCGAAGACAUUCUUCGCAGCAUAGAGCACAGUGCCAAGACACCCUGCGGAUACGCCACAAUCAAAAACGUUCGCGAUCAUCACAAAGAAGAUCGAAUGGAAUCGUUCUUCCUGGCGGAAACCACAAAGUAUCUGUAUCUGCUGUUCGAUCCGGAUAAUUUCAUUCACAACGACGGACGGGUGGGAACCGUUAUCAAUACCCCACACGGGGAGUGCAUCAUUGAUGCAGGCGGAUACAUUUUCAACACCGAAGCGCAUCCUAUCGAUCCUUCUAUGCUUCGUUGCUGCCACGAGCUGCCACAUCAAAAUCUGUUCGCAGACUACAGCAAAGAGAAGUUCGUCGGUGAUCGGCUGGAUCUCAGCCGAACGCGCGAAGCUGCUUCACUGGAAGUGAAACCCCCGGAAAAACCGACAAUGGAAAACAUUUCCGUAGUCGAAACUCAGCUCGAAGACGCCAUUCCAGCGGCCGUACUGGAGGAACUAGGUGCCAAACUGGCUGAAGCCCGACAAGCCCUGACGAAGAAACGACUCGAGGAAGCCUUCAAUCGGGCACAGGAAUCACUGAAAAAACAACAAUCCGAAUCGGCUGCCAAAAACGACCAAAACCAAACCACCCAAAAAGAAGACGACAGCCUGAUAGUGCCCGUGGACAAACCAUCGGCCGAAGGGCCGAUUACACCCACGCCAACGGCAACGGACGAUACGGAACGGAUGACAACCGUUAAGCUCACAACGUCCGCCCGCGAUCCGGACGACAAAAGUUCAACCGCGCAGAUGAAAGUCAACGACAGUCAGCAACAGGAAAAAGAUUCAGACCCAACGGAGGAAAACACAGGAGUGGGGACUGCAGUUCCGGCUCCGCCGGAUCAAGCGGCAAGUGGCCAGGUACCUGAUGAGGAAGAGGAAGAUGUAAAUCCGGCGAAAAAGUUCUUCUCCGAAAACAGUUCCAACGAUGCGGGUCUAACCGGUUCGGGGGUAGUUCCUCCGACGGUGUCCGGAGAGCAUUAUAAUCAACAGCAACAACUGCAGCAGCAGCAGCACCAACAACAGCAGAGAACCGCGCAGGGUCUUAACAACACUAUCGCUGAGUUCGUGCAGAAUAUGUUUAAAACAAAGGUCUAUCAGAAGACGAAAUUUGAACCGGAAACGUUGCUCAACCGGAUUAGGGAAAGCGGCCAUCAGCGGAACAGUAGCUGGGCUGCCAAUUACGCGCUGCUGACGUGUAAGGCGCAACCAUUCCUGCAGCGGAUUACGCUGCUGGGGGAGUUUUUCUGAAACGGGAAAUAAAUACGGGAACGGUAUUUAUUGAAAAUUCGCGUAGACUUGACUGAGAAAAAAAAGAAACGUUAA